GACAACAUGGCAGGCGCCGAGUUGCGGGCGGCGCUGGAGCAGCGGCUCGCCGCCCUGGCCAUCCGCACAGAGGUCGUGGAGCACCCGGAGGUGUUUACAGUUGAAGAAAUGAUGCCUCAUAUCCAGCAUUUGAAAGGAGCACACAGUAAGAACUUAUUUCUUAAGGACAAAAAGAAAAAAGGCUAUUGGCUGGUGACAGUUCUUCAUGAUAGACAAAUUAAUUUAAAUGAUCUCGCCAAGCAGUUAGGUGUUGGGAGUGGAAACCUGCGGUUUGCCGAUGAAGCAGCCAUGCUAGAAAAACUGAAAGUUGGCCAAGGUUGUGCCACCCCGUUGGCACUCUUCUGUGAUGAUGGAGAUGUGAAGUUUGUUCUGGAUUCUGCCUUUUUGGAAGGUGGACAUGAAAAGGUGUACUUUCAUCCAAUGACCAAUACUGCAACCAUGGGAUUGAGCCCUGAAGACUUUCUCACAUUUGUGAAGAACACAGGACAUGAUCCCAUAAUACUAAACUUUGAUAAAAACUAACUGGGCUAAAGUUCAGAGUAUUUAUUUCUGAAAGCUGUUUUUCUUACUUGUAAUUAUAAGAAGCAUUAAAAGUGGGAAGAUAUAUCUAGCACUCGGUUUGGUGACUACCUGAACUAUUGAAAAACUAUCUCAUCUUAAAGUUUUUCUUUUUUUAAAUAUAUUGAGGUAGCUUUAGUCAGGCCAGAGGUUCCACCCUCCCCAUCCCCAUGAUUACUUGUUACAAGAAUGCCUUCCUUAACAUCAGGAGUUCCCUGGUUGCCCUGUGGUUAGGAAUCCAGGCUUUCACUGCCUGGCUCAGGUUCAGUGCCUAGUCACAGGAACUGAGAUUCCCACACGCAGCAGG